UCAAGGGAUCGCAACUUCUAACUCACAAGAUGAUAAUUAAGGGGGCUGUAGCUAUGGUUACAGGGGGUGCCAGGGGAAUUGGAUAUGCUUUCUGUGAAGAGCUGUUGAAGCAAGGCGCAAAAGUGGUUGUUUUGAUUGACGUUUUGACAAAGGAAGGAACUGAUGCGCAGGCAGCUCUCCAAGCCGAGUAUGGCCCAGGCUCCGCUGUGUUUAUAGAAUGUGACGUCACAAAUAAUGAAGAUUUGAAAAGCGCCAUGAAUACCGUGAUCAAGGAACAUGGAAAGCUUGAUAUUCUCUGCAACAACGCAGGCGUCGCUGAACAGCCAGACUUGGAGAAAACUUUGAAUAUUAAUCUGGGUGGAGUGAUCCGUGGUACAAAGCUGGGACUKGARCUGAUGUCUUCUGGGGUGAUAAUCAACACUUCUUCUGUUGCAGGUAUAAUUUAA